GUCCAUUGGAUGCCUGGAGAAUUCCCUGGCAAGUGAUCCGAGUUGAAACAUUCAAAUAAGCUGAACAAAAGCCUCUCUGCGCCCGUGUCAACAUUGCCUUGGCUAGGAACCCACACGAUUAACUAGCACCUUACACACCCACCACAAACAAUAUCAUCCCAUAUUUCUAGACAUCCGACUAUGCGUCCUCCUCUGGCACUGCCGUCUUUUCUGUUGACCAUUGGUUUUGACCAGCCGAGACCAGCCGCAACUACGCCACCGCUUCCGUCGGACGCCACGCCUUGGAUACCCCGUGCGAAGUGCCUCCAUCGAAUGGGCGACACCAUAAUCGCUCAAGCUCAUUGCGGGGAUAAGGAAAUUUUGCGACCAUGCUUUCUCGACGCGCCUAAGAAACUUUCGGAUGACUACAUCACUCAGUGCCUGUUGGAUGCUGGUUGUGGUAAGGGCCAGGCCAGCAUGGAACACCUGUGGAUAACCGUUGCCUGUCUUCGAACAUUUGGGAACGAUUGGGUCCAUCUCGAACACCCUGAUGAUCAUGAGGUAGAUUUUCAAUUAGGCGAUGGCGAUUUGAAGCUGAAACGGGAAGAAAUCCUUGCUGAACACCGUAAUUGAGUGCCCUCAGUCAAAGGCAUUCGACAUGGACAUUCGUUGCCGUAUCGCAUUGCACACGUCUCUUCGUCGGUUACUGGGAAACAUUAUUCAUGAAGGGGAGCUGAGCGUUUCGGUGGGCUAA